AUGGAAAGUAAUCUCAAACGCUCAUUUAGCUCCAAACUUUCCCAGAAAAGCAAAAGAUGCAAAUACUGCAACACAAAGGCGAAGCAUUGCUGCAAAAUCUGUGAAAACAAGGCAUGCAACUUCCAUUGCUAUAAGCGGUUUUUGGAUGGCAAGCAAUGAUAUAUAUGUGACCACUGUCAUUAUUAUGACGUAAAAGAAGUCAUUGAAAAGCAAAAUGAAGACGACAUGACGUCUUCUCUUGUAGCACUCAGAGGCUUAAUAGUAGAUAAUGCAAGGCUUGAAGAUGAAAUUGAAGAAAAUAAUAUAAAAGCUAAUAGGAUUUUGGAAAAAUUGUCAGCGAGCGAAGCGAGCUACAAAGAAAGCUCUGAAAGCAAAAGUCACAUGUUGAGCAUUGAAAAGGUGAAUAAUGAACAGCUAAGUGAGACUUAUUUCGCUUACCAAAGCGCUUUGCGAGAAAAGAAGCGAGGAAAUGAGACGUUAAAAGAGAAGCUCCAAAAGAAGAUGAUAGAGAUCAACCAGAUAAAAAUGGAAGUUGACCAGCUCAAAGGCCAAGAAAGCCAAUUUACCAAUCACAUUUCAAGCUUGGCUGAGCAGUCCCAAUCUUGCAUUUAUAGUGAUAAGCUUGAAGAAAUUCUGUGCCAAAAAUGCCAAAUAAGAGUAUUCGGCAGAUCUUUUCUUAUACAGGAGCCUAAAAAGCCCUCACCUUCAUGCAACUGCAUGAUAGCAUAG